UUGUGUUUAUUCCUCAGGAGGUCAUUUUAUGGACUGUACCCCUACAAGUCCAGCAUGAUUGGCCUGGAGAACCUUGGCGAUCCCUCGGGUGACUGGGAUAUAGUAGAGACCAUCGGUAAAGGAACCUAUGGCAAAGUCUACCGGGUAACCAACAAGAAAGACGGCAGUCAGGCAGCUGUGAAAGUACUGGACCCGAUUAAUGAUGUGGAUGAAGAGAUUGAGGCAGAAUACAACAUUUUGCGGUCCCUGUCCAACCACCCUAAUGUGGUCAAGUUUUACGGCAUGUUUUACAAGUCAGACAAGCUAUCAGGUGGACAGCUCUGGCUGGUACUGGAGCUGUGCAACGGUGGCUCUGUCACAGAGCUCGUCAAAAGCCUGAUCAUGCGCGGCCAGCAUUUGCAGGAGCCCGUCAUCUCGUACAUCCUGUACAGCGCUCUGUUGGGUCUUCAGCAUUUGCACAAUAACCGGAUCAUCCAUCGUGAUGUCAAAGGCAACAACAUUCUCCUGACAACUGAUGGGGGAGUUAAACUCGUCGAUUUUGGAGCUCCUGAGGUUGCCUCAAGGUUAAUAGCCGGGAGUCCCAGGCCCCACAGCCAACCAUUUGGUAGAAAUGAGGUCAUAGCCUGUGAGCAGCAGUAUGACUACUCGUACGAUGCCCGCUGUGAUGUGUGGUCUCUCGGCAUCACAGCCAUCGAGCUGGCAGACGGAGAUCCCCCCCUGGCUGAGAUGCAUCCUGUUAAAGCUCUCUUCAAGAUCCCACGAAAUCCAUCACCCACAUUGCGAUGUCCAGAGCACUGGUGCAGAAGUUUCAGCUAUUUCAUCAGCCAGUGUCUGAUAAAGGAUUUUGAGGCGCGGCCAUCGGUGACCCACCUACUGGAGCACCCGUUCAUCAAGCAGGCCCACGGCAAAGAUGUGGCCCUUGGCCAGCAGUUGGCAGCUCUGAUUCAAGAGCAGCAGGAAGUGGGCUGCAAAACCAAAACCAAGCAUGAGAGGAUCAAUACCCGUAAAACCCUCAUAAUACAAAGCAGCCCCGACGAUGAUCUAGUAAACCUGGAGUUUCUCGAUGAGGAGACCAUUAUUAGCCACCUGCACAGGAGGUAUGAUGAGCUGCAGGUUUACACGUAUGUAGGUGACAUCCUCAUCGCCCUCAAUCCGUUCCAGAAUCUCAGCAUCUACUCGCCGCAGUUCUCUAAGCUCUACCACGGUGUAAAGAGAGCCGACAACCCCCCGCACAUCUUUGCUACUGCAGACGCAGCCUACCAGGGAAUGGUGACGUUCUCCAAAGACCAGUGCAUCAUCAUAAGUGGGGAGAGCGGAGCAGGAAAAACCGAAAGCGCACAUCUGAUUGUUCAACACCUCACCUUCUUGGGAAAAGCCAACAACCGGACUCUCCGGGAGAAGAUCUUGCAGGUCAACCCUCUUGUAGAAGCUUUUGGAAACGCUUGCACAGCUAUUAAUGACAAUUCCAGCCGCUUCGGCAAAUACCUGGAGAUGAAGUUCACUCCGACUGGAGUGGUCGUUGGGGCCAAGAUAUCAGAGUACCUGCUAGAGAAAUCAAGGGUUAUCAAACAGGCAAUGGGAGAGAAAAAUUUCCAUAUUUUUUAUUACAUGUACGCUGGACUUUACCACCAAGACAAGCUUAAGACCUACAAGUUGCCCAACAAGACGCCCCCCAGGUACAUCGACAGUCAACAGUGCAAAGUGAUGCAGGACAUCGUGUCGAGGAAACUCUACAAGGAGCAGUUUGACGGGAUUCAGGAGUGCUUCCGAAAUAUUGGCUUCACAGAAGAGGAGGUCAACUCUGUGUACAGAAUUCUCUCAGCCAUACUGAACACGGGCAAUAUCGAGUUUACGGCCAUCACAUCCCAACAUCAGACUGAUAAAAGUGAAGUGCCCAACUCAGAGGCCUUAGAGGACGCUGCUUCUCUCCUCAGCAUCGGCCCCGAGGAGCUCCAGGAAGCGCUGACCUCUCAGUGUGUGGUCACGAGGGGUGAGACCAUCAUCCGCACCAACACCGUGGACAAAGCAGCUGAUGUCCGAGACGCCAUGUCCAAGGCCUUGUACGGGCGGCUCUUCAGCUGGAUCGUCAACCGCAUCAACUCGCUGCUGCAGCCCGACAUGAACAUCUGUGCCGCUGAGAGCUGCAUGAAUGUGGGAAUCCUGGACAUCUUUGGAUUUGAAAACUUCAAGAAGAACUCGUUUGAGCAACUCUGCAUCAACAUUGCAAAUGAGCAGAUCCAGUUUUACUUCAACCAGCACAUCUUUGCCCUUGAACAGAUGGAGUACCAGAGCGAGGGAGUGGAUGCCAGCCUGGUGGAGUACGAGGACAACAGGCCCAUCCUGGACAUGUUCCUGCAGAAGCCCAUGGGCCUGCUGUCCCUGCUGGACGAAGAGAGCCGAUUCCCUCAGGCCACUGAGCAGACACUUGUGGACAAAUUUGAAGACAACUUGCGUUGCAAAUAUUUUUCAACACCUAAGCGUGUGGAGCUUUGUUUUGGAAUUCAACACUACGCCGGAAAGGUAAUGUACAGUGUGAGCGGGUUCCUGGAGAAGAACAGAGACACUCUUCCUGCAGACAUCGUCGUGGUGUUGAGAACAUCAGAGGACAAACUUCUGCAGCAGCUGUUUUCGAGCCCUUUAACCAAAACAGGAAAUCUGGCGACGUCCAGGGCUCGGGUCACUGCUGCCUCCAGAUCUCUGCCGCCACAGCUGGGCGCAGGACGCUCCAAGUCUCCCAAAUACCUGUUGAAGGUGGACACCAUGGAAAUGAUGCGUCACCCCGGUGAAACCACCAGCAUGAGGAGACAGACUGUGGCCUCCUAUUUCCGUUACUCCCUGAUGGACUUGCUUUCAAAGAUGGUGGUGGGCCAGCCUCACUUUGUACGCUGCAUCAAACCCAACGAUGACAGGCAGGCGCUGUGCUUCUGCAAGGAGAGAGUGAUGGUGCAGCUGCGUUACACGGGGAUCCUGGAGACUGUGAACAUCCGCCGACAAGGCUACUCCCACCGCAUCCUGUUUGAGGAGUUUGUCAACAGAUAUUACUACCUUGCAUUUCGGGCUCACCAGAUGCCGGAGACAAACAGAGAAAAUGCUGCCACCAUUCUGGAGCGAGCCAAACUAAAGGACUGGGUGUUGGGGAAGACAAAAGUUUUUCUGAAGUACUACCACAUUGAGCAGCUCAACCUGCUGCUGCGGGAAGUGAUAGCUCGAGUGGUGGUGAUACAAGCUUACACCAAGGGCUGGCUGGGGGCCCGACGUUACCGUAAAGAGAAGCAGAAGAGAAACCGUGGGGCCGUCAUCAUUCAGUCAGCCUGGAGGGGCUAUGUUGCAAGGCAGAAUCUAAAGCAAAUCAAAAAGGAGCGGGAAGAGGCCGCAAUCCGCAUACAGUCAGCUUACAGAGGCCAUCGGGUGCGUCAGGAGCAGGCACCGCGGCGACACAGAUGUCACCCUGAGGCUGGAGGACAGACCACCAAAGAGCAACACGCGGGGUCCAGCUCGGGGAGCAAAGAGGCGCAUACAGAUGAUAUACUGGAAGGAAGAGUUGGCCCUGACAGCCGAGACAGACAAGUGAAAGACAUCAAGAGAGACAAAGGCAGAGCAGAAGACAGUGUAACGAAGCCUUGCAUAGAGACAGCACGGCUGCGAGACAUGCAGUGUAAACAAGGUCCAGUGAUGAAGCUGCAGCAGAGGACUCCUCGUCGCCGUGGCCAGCAGCCCAAGCUGCUCAACAGCCCCGAAGACAGCCUGUACUACAACCAGCUAAAUAGAACUCUGGAUUACCAGGGGAGCAAGAGGAAGCCGAGAAAACUUGGUCAAGUCAAAGUGCUGGAUGGAGAGGAUGAGUACUACAAAUUACUGUCAACUGUUGAGUCGAUCCCUGAGGAAGAGCACGGGACCGCCCCCCCUCCCUCCCUCUCCAGCGGGCCUCUUGUCAGUCAGAGCUGAGCCUCCCAACCAUGUCAGUCGGUUGCCUUCUUCACCUUUUUGAACAGAACCAAAACCAACUUCAUAUCAAGAAUACACUUGACUUCUACACUUGUAAAUUUAUAUUUAUUUCUUGUAAACUAGUCUUUUAUAUAAGUCAAAUGAAUGGGAUUCAAUAAUUGUGUCUUGAUCAUCAGUGUAUUCCUCACAGUUCUGUUUAGUGCUGUAAUAUUAUCACAAUGUAACAUUUUAAAAACACAUAUCAGAUCCAGAAUGUUUUCUUUUCACUACAUGGAUCGAGAAUAUCAUUCUCUGGCUGUAAAUUUAGAUUUUGGAUCUGCUGAUAUUUAUGUGAUUGUUCACAUUAAAGGGAGUGACGAAAUAACAGGUUUCACCUUAAAUGAUCUUUACGGGAAUAAUAGUAAAGAUCUUAACCUUUUUCAGAAGUGACAUUCUGAAGAAGUUUUUACCUCAUAGGGAUCUUCAAUUUGUGUUGUUAGACCAGAACGAUACAACACACAGGUACUGUAUGUUUCCAUCACAUUGUCUGGGAUAAACCUUGAUUCACUAAUACAUUAAUGUACUUCAUACUAAAUUUAGAGUAAGCAAACCUUUGAGAUAAUCUGGGACUGGACCCUAUGUGAAGCAUUCAACCAUGAAUUUUGUGCAAAAGAGCCUUUCGACCCUAUCCAUCCAGCCACUUGAGUCAUACUGAGGUGGAUAAAAAUGCAGUAGCGUUAAGACUAAGACAAACAUCCCAACGGAAGAUUUUAAAAAAUGUGUUCUUGCUGGUGGCUCAUCUAACAUGACUGAAGAUUUGCCUUGCACGUCGGGACAGCUUGUAUUCAAACUGACGCAUGUGUAAAUCCAGCCCACAUUCAGCCUUUACCCAUGUGAAUUUAAGAGUCGUAAGGAUGACAGAAAAGUCUAAAUUUUGUUUUAGGCUGGAUUCCCCCUCCUUUUUAACAGACCCAUGGUUUGACAUAAAAGAGCAGAUUAUAACAUGUGACAUUUAUCUGGCAUUUAAACCUGGAAGUAAAAACUGACGGCAUUUUGCUGCAUAAAUACAAACCUCGGAGAGGAUUUUACAAAUGUUUGUCGCUUUCGUCUGAGGUUGCAGGUAUCAGUGUUUUUAAAGGAACCACUUACCCCCUUUGUUUCUGAUGGGGGAUGCUUGUUCAAAACUAAAGUACAGUUCACAGUAGAACUCAAUUUGGAUAUUUUUGUUGUGAAGCUCAAACCAUUGUAACACAAAAAUAAAUAAAUGUGAAAAUAAGAGAAAGGUGAACACACUGCAACAGCUCCCCAAUCAUCCCCUCUAUCCACGCCUUCACAGGUGAAGCCAUUCAAUACACCAAAGCCCGUGUCCCUCGAAACGAGUUGAGCCUGACCGGAGGGGGUGACUCUAAGGUAUUUUAGUUUCCCUUUAUAAAGAGUUGUCUCUUUUUUCAUAGGGGUCAUGGGUUCUAACAGUUUUAGCAUGCACUAAUGGUUUUUAGAAUUGUUACAAUUAAUACAAACAACUUUGAGAUUGCAAAUUUUAACGCCACUUUUCCUCCAUCAACAUAAAAUCUUUUUUAUAAACACCCAUUAACUGAAGUCCUGUUGACGCCCUGAAUGAUGAUUCACUAAAGCAGACCAAUUUUUGGGCUUAAAUAAUCUCUCAGUGUUAAUCUUAAAACUUUUUAAUAGCAUCUAAACCCAUCAUCAUUAGCCAGUUGAUCGCUCCUUACCGUUACUGAGCCCCUUUGUGUCAAACUCAAUAGAUGUGCAGUUUGUAAUGACUGGCCUUAUUAAUAUUUCAUAAGUUUUGAUAAAAUGCUGAAAUACGUUGAUUACAAAAAGGAUUUGAUAGUAGGUUUUAGCUAAUAUAUUAUUUGUAGUGUUUGUUUAGUUUGUUUAAGAAUUUAUAAAUGUGAAAUCUUUUACACCUCUGUGUGUAAAAGAGUUGCUUUAAAGUAAUUAUUUUGCAAAUUGUAGACUUUAAAAUGG